AGUUUUGUAUGGACACACUAUCUAAUUAAAUGUCCCUUGUGCUUUCACAACUAUCCUUUCCCUCAUCACCUACUCCAAAUUGUCCUCAUCGCCCUACUUCUGGGCUAGUUAUCUCUGCAUCCACAGAUCUGUCUCUCCCCAGCCUGAGGAUGGCCCAACUGGUGGGCGGUGCCCUGCAGGGUUCUACUGCCCAGAGGGCACCGGCAUUAUGCUUGCAUGUCCUGUAGGCACUUUCAGCACCAUAGAAGGCGCAACAUCUGUGGAAGAGUGUCAGCUUUGCUUGGCUGGCCAUUACUGUGCCCGAGCUGGCCUCUCAUCCCCAUCUGGACCUUGCAAGCCUGGAUUCUACUGCACAGAAGGCUCUGCAACCGCAACACCUUUUAUCAAUACCACAGGAUAUUUUUGUUUACAUGGGUCCACGGAGCCGUCCCCAGUCUCCCAGCCUCACGGAGAUAUAUGUCCCCCCGGACACUUCUGCCCUUCUGGUAGUGACUCACCCCAACCCUGCCUUGAUGGUAGCUUCCUUCCUGAACAGGGCGCUUCUUCCAUGUCUCACUGCCGCCCCUGCCCACCUGGGAAAUACUGCCUCGGUCCCGGAGCUUCACGACCUACAGGUUUGUGUUCUGCCGGAUUCUUUUGUACCAUCGGUGCAAGCAGUCCAGCACCUCGAGCCAACUCCUUUCAUCUCAGCUGUCUUCAUGAAACACUUGAGGAAAUUUAUAUCGUAAAAAUGAACCAUGUGUCCUGGAUGUACAACAUGUCGUGCUUUCACAACUCCUGCAAUACCGAGGGAGACUCCAAGUGGGUCAAAGAGGAUCUCCGCUCAGAUUCUCAAUUUAUUGUUACUCACUCACCGCUACACCUCAAGAGUCUACACGAUGGCAAAUGUGCCACCUAUACGGGAGAUAUGUGCCCCAAGGGUUUUUAUUGUCCUGUGGGCUCUGCCUACCCGCAGCCUUGUGAGACGGGCUCUUACUGCAACCAAGCAGGUCUGGAAGCCCCAGCUGGCCCCUGCGCUGCGGGACACUAUUGCCCGAGAGGUUCUGAAGACCCCCGUGCCUCCCUCUGCCCAGCAGGCCACUACUGCCCUCUUGGAACAGCGCUUCCUCUUGCCUGCCCGCUUGGAACAAUACAAAACUCUGUUGGUGGGUCUUCAGCGGAAUCGUGUCGGCCCUGUCCUGUGGGUCAUUACUGUCAUCAGAGAGGCUCGAGUGAGCCAAGUGGCCAGUGUGCAGACGGUUACUACUGUCCGCCGGGACAGAACUCGGAGAGGCCGCAACAGCAUGUCUGCCCAGUGGGACACUACUGUGAGAAGGGCAGUGCGGAACCAACACCGUGCCAACCAGGCAGCUACCAGCCCAGUCAAGGCCGGGGGAGCUGUGAGUCCUGCCCUGCCGGUUUCUACUGCCAAGGUCAAGGAACUUCCUUUGCACUUCUCUGCGAGAGAGGCUUUUACUGUCCGAGGGAAUCGGCAACUCCACGGCCCUGCCCGGCGGGCUCUUACGGAAAUCUGAUAGGCUUGAUGGAAGCGUGGCAGUGCUCUUCGUGUGACCCUGGAAUGUACUGCCGAGGAACAGGGAGUACUUUUCCCAGUGGCUUGUGUGCCAUGGGGUUUGUUUGUGUUGGGGGAGCAUCUGAACCGUCCCCAACGGACAACGUGACUGGCUUUUUGUGUCCUCCUGGAUUUUUUUGCUCUGCUGGGACUUUGGUACCACAACCAUGCCCCAAAGGAACAUACAGCGAGCAGAGCGGGCUGAUGGAUCAAUCACAGUGUCGUAAUUGCAGCCCGGGCUUCUACUGCUCAGAGACGGGCCUCUCAGCAGUAUCCGGACCCUGCUUAGCUGGGUUCUACUGUCUGGAGGGAUCACAGACGGCUGCACCAAUGUCGAGUGUGUCUGGAGGUGUGUGUCCAGCAGGGCACUACUGUGCAGAGGGUAGCAAUGUCCCCUCCCCCUGCCCAACUGGCUCAUUCCGAAAUGAAACCGGAGGAAAAUUCAAAGAUGACUGCCAGCCGUGCCUGCCUGGAUUCUACCAGGAUCUGUCAGGCCAGAUUGAGUGUAGACGCUGUCCUUCCGGCUUCCAUUGUGAGGCUCUCAGGCUAAGCUCAACUAGGGGGACUUCUUCUGGACUAUCCAGUCCUCUUCCCUGCCCUGCCGGGUUCUUUUGUCCCAGGGAGAGUCCAGAUGGCCGACCCGUUCCUUGCCCCAAAGGCACAUAUGGGCCUAGUCAGGGUCUCACCUCUGAAGGUGAGUGCUUAGCCUGUCCCGCAGGUCUCUUCUGUGGGUCUGAAGGUUUGGUAGAACCUUCUGGAUGGUGUCUGGAUGGAUUUCUUUGCCUGAUGGGAGCCUCGCUUCCAAACCCUACUGACAACACAACUGGGUCUCUUUGUCCACCUGGCGGCUUCUGCAAACAGGGGCUUAAAGCAGGCGACUGUUGGUCCGGGUUUUAUUGUGGCUGGGGCUCGAGCAAGGCAGAUCAGACUCGGUGUCCGGCUGGUUUCUUCUGCCCUCGUGGAACAUCUGCACCCGUUCCCUGUCCCGCAGGAACUUUUAGCUCCAUUACAGGCAACUCACACCUGAGCAACUGUACUGAAUGUACUGCUGGAUACUACUGUGACGUUGAAGGUACUGUAAAGCCCACAUUGUGUCUUGCCGGAUAUUACUGUCCGCCAGGAAUGACGCGAGGAACGGGCUUACCAUGUCCAACCGGUACUGUUCAGAACCAACUUGGAGCCUCAAGUAUUGACGCUUGCCUUCCAUGCCCUGCUGGACUGUUUUGUUCUCAGCCUGGUCUUUCGCAUCCCACAGGAUUGUGUGAAGCCGGAUAUUAUUGCCCCACUGGAUCCACCAGCAGAAACUCUUCUGAAUAUCAGAGUCAUUCUGCCAGAAGCCAUCUUUGUCUUUCUGGUUACUAUUGCCCCGCCGGAACAAAAAAUCCAAUUCCAUGCCCGGCAGGCACGCUAUCCAUCUCCCGAGGUCUUAAGACGGUUGAAGAUUGUCCCCCUUGCCCCCCUGGACAUUUUUGCGAUAGACCUGCAAGUACACAACUCUCUGACGCGCUUCCGUGUCAUGCUGGAUACGUUUGCCUUGGCGGCAGUUCUAGUCCCGCCCCUUCCGACGGUUCCCAUGGCUACCGUUGCCCCGCCGGCCACGGCUGUCCUGUCGGCUCAGCCGGAGCGCUGCCGUGCGAGCCCGGCUCUUACAGCCCGGCUUCCGGAGCCGCCGAGUGCGUCCUAUGCCCCAGAGGAAUGAUGUGUUCCUCUUCAGCCACCUCGGAGCCCGUCAUCUGCCCACUCGGUCACUAUUGUCCUGUUGGAACAGCACUGCCUCAACCUUGUCCUUUAGGGACUUUCAACAAUCAGACAGGCGCACACUCCCACUCGCUUUGCACAGCCUGUCCUUCUGGAUCCUUCUGCAGCACAUAUGGAGCUUCAUCACCACAAGGUUCUUGUAUGGAAGGCUAUUUCUGCCAAAGUGGAGCCAUGGGACCAACUCCACAGAACUUUGAUAACUUCGCUGAGAAUGGGCCUUGCCCUGCGGGUCACUACUGCCCGGCGGGGUGCUUCUCGCCGAUUCCUUGCCCUCUUGGCAGCUUCCGCAACACUACUGGAGGUGUCUCAUUGGAGAGCUGCUCUGCUUGUCCUGCGGGUCACUACUGCUCCGCUGAGGGUCUCGCCAGCCCCACUGGGCUCUGUGCGGCCGGUUUCUACUGCCCUUUUGAUUUCUCUUCAACCACCGCGUAUGCCUUCCUGUGCCCCAAGGGCCACUACUGCCCUAACGGUUCUGCCCUCGCUCUCCCAUGUCCCAGUGGAGAGUACCAGCCAAAUCCAGGCUCCGACAACUGCAUCCCCUGUCGACCCGGCUUCUUCUGCGAGGAGGCCAUUCUCGGCGAGCCUCAAAUCUGCCCACCGCAUUCAUUCUGCCCAGCAGGUACCAUGGUGCCUCAUCCAUGCCCGAAUGGGUCGUACAGUGAUCCAAACAAAAGAGGACUACGGGAGGCCCGUGAGUGUUUACCCUGUCCCCCGGGGAGGUUCUGCAGAGCUGGUAGGAUACAAGGAGCGUGUGCUGCAGGGUAUCUAUGUGUUUACGGCAGUGCAGAUUUCACUCCUCGGGGAUCACUGCCUGACCUGACCCAGUGUCAGUGGGGGGUGCAGUGUGCCGGACCAUGCCCACCAGGUUUCUACUGUCCCGAGGGUGCUGGAAAGGCUGUGAUGUGUCCUGAAAAUACCUUCAGAAGUUAUUCAGGGGGUGCCAGCCCACAGGAUUGUUUGACAUGCCCAGCUGGACACUGGUGCCGACCCGGCCAGCCACAUCCUCGUUUGUGCCCCGCUGGUCAUUAUUGUAACAGUUUUCCAGGAGGUGACAGUAACGGAUGGCUCGGGCCCAAGCCUUGUCCCGCUCACACCUAUCGAGCCGAUCCCGGAGCGGGCAGUAUAGGCGACUGCCUUCCUUGCCCUCCCGGGUCCCACUGCAACAGCACAGGCCUUGCAGAUUAUUCCAACAAUCCUUGCCCACCUGGAUUCUGGUGUACUGGGUCUGGAGCACCCAUUUUCUGUCCAGCGGGCACAAAGAGGAUGCUGCCUGGUGCUGCUGAACCUAGCCAAUGUGAAGCAUGUGCUGGUGGGACCUUCUGUCCAGAUCCACAGGAUACCGGGGAACCCAAUGUGGAUGGGAUCCCAUGUAGGGCCUCUUAUGAAUGCCCCGUAGGUUCAGCCUCGGAGAAGUUGUGCAGAGCUGGUUCAUACUGCGGACCGCAGACUGCUGAGCCUGAAAUUUGUCCGGCAGGUUAUAUUUGUCCGGCGGGGUCACGGUUCUACAAUCUCCCCGAACAACUCUGUCCGUUUCCUUUCUACUGCCCGGCCAACAGUUCUUCAAUGAAGUCUUGCGAUGGCGGCUCAAAACCUGUCAACAUCAGCCGACUUAGAGGAUCCAAAAAGUGCUGCUGCAGUAUAUGUGAAGGUGGCACCUAUCGACCUUACCUCUCAACUCUCUUCGAAUGCCUGCCAUGCCCUCCAGGAUACUUUUGCCCACCAGGUACUGAAGACUACAAGAGCAACUCUUGCCCCGAGGGGUAUGUUUGUCCAACUGGAUCCACAAAACCGACACCUUGCCUCCCUGGCUCCUUUGGCAACCUGACCAAAGCUCAGACACUCGGCGACUGUCACCCAUGUCCGCCCAACACCUUCAACCACCUCCAUGCCCAGAGGGCCUGCUUCCCUUGUGGUAGUUCCUCCACUUCACCACCAGGUUCUUCAUCUUGUAGCUGCACUGGCAAAAAUCGCUCUUUUCAGCGCUCGGACGGUGCCUGCCUGUGCAGAACCGGUUUCAUCUUUUAUAACGAGCUGGACUUCAAAAGCUCGACUUCUGACAGUGCGCUGGACUGCCAGCCUGAGCUAUACAAAAGAUGCGCUCCAGGGCAUGUUCGACUUGCGGCAUCCAGAGAAUGCGUAUCACCUUCCCUUUACUCCUGUAAUGUAACAUGUGGACCAGAUGGAGGAACUCUGGAUGUGGAGAUGGGCAUCUGCCAUUGUCAGCGAUACGUGUCUGCUGAGGAGCUGUGCGACGCUUCCUGCCUCUCCAAAAUUCCUCAACUCUCAGCUCAUGUGGCUCCAGAUGGACAGUUGCUCCUCAGCGUUAAAGAAAAAGACAGCACAGUCUGGGUCAAAACUUUAGUGGAUGUUUUAGGACCAGACCCCCGUGCAAUGAACAUUGGCAAAGUCCAUUUGGUUCAGUUUGAUGCUCAAGGAGUGUUUGGUUGGAUUCCCAAGCAAAGAGAAGACAUUGAAAUAUUUCUUUCCGAAUCAAUAGAUGUCUUUGCUCCCACACGAAAAAAAAGAACCACAGGCAAUAAUGAAGAUGACUUGCCUGUCCUUCCUCGUAUUCCUAAUCCAGUUGCUUGUCUGUCCACUGGUGACAUGCUCAUUUUCCAUCUAACCAUUAACUACACAGAUCGCAGUCUCAGCCACUUCCCUUUCUACGAGAAAGACCACUUAUUCAACAGUAACCCCAGCUGGGACUUUGGGGUCUUCAGACGUGUGCAAACACUCAUCAAGCAGUCAAAUCUGAAUAACACAUGGUUUGCUCAUGUGUUUUGGGAAGUGGGAAAAUAUGUAUUCCUGGACAGCGCUGUCCCAGAUUGGAGUUUGGUGGUAGUAGUAAGUGAGGCUGGGACAGAAUGUGACCCUCGGGCCCCGACCUUCCAGGCCAUGACCCCGGCACACCUUAUCAGGUGUGGAGUCAUCAAGAAACACCGACUAAACCUUCUACCAGAUUGGGGGACAAUCGCAGGCCUCCUGAGUUUGCUCUUUGUGGUCGUCGUGGCCGUGACCACAACAGUUGUGGUUCUUUGGCCCAGCAACGCCAAGCUGGUCUCCCAGUGGAGGACAAAGCCCAAAUGGCGGAGUCUCGGAGAACCUCCGCAUCCUCCGGACUGUUCAUGUAGUGAAGACAGUCUCGCUGGCUCUCCAGGGAGUCGAGGUGUCGGAGAGGGCGCGGAGGCUGAGGAGCCAACUAUCUCCAAAGGUGGAAUGGUAUCAGGGCGCUGCGAUUUGGAGGAGUUCAACGUCAAGACGUUGUACGACAAACUGGAAGAUCAAAACCUUCACGUGGCUUCGCAGUUGGCGCGGCAUCGGAAAGAUACGCAGGAGUUUUACCGGAACAUUAAUCAGCAGGUGGACGCCCUACAGAAUGUAUUUGAGAAGAUGGAUGGUAAAAAGCUGCAUAUCUUGAAACAACUGCUAGCUACGAAGGAUAACCCGUACAAUAAGACUGUUAAAAAUAGUAAUGAUGAAGUUGAAUCUGUAGCACUACUGGAAGCUGUUCUCAGAUCUGUGGAGACCCUCUUAUAUAAGAUGAACCAAGGGACUUGGCAGACCCAGGAUCAGCCCUUUCCCUUACACAGCCACAGUCAAGAACAUGAACGACAGGCUCAGAACAGUAACGAGACGACUCUGGUUUCACCUAUAGAUUUGACCCAAAUGGAAGCACUUUGCCAUGAUGCAAUGCAUUCAAAGAGGACUGCUCCUUGUCUCAAUGAUGUGGAUUUAGCCAAACUAGUCAGCAUAUCUCCCUUGUACAAGACCCUGCAAGAGAUCCAGCAAUCCCUCCAGAAUCCCACCCCAUCUCAUCCCAUUCAACCUCUCCCCAAUGUAAUUUGUCAUUCAUCCCAGGAGAACCCCAAAGUGCAACUCAUUCCAACCGCGCUGGACAGCCUCUCGCCUCCGCACUCGGCCGUUUUCCUAUUUGGCUGCCGGGUGAUGGAGCUGCUUGAGAAAUGCCUCCCGUUGCCCUCUUCUGUGCUUCUCACGCUAACCAAGUCUCUCCCACUUUUGCCAGCGUGCUCCGAUAAUUGCCUGCUGGCACACUGCAGGGGGGACUUUUAUUUUGACGCCGGCCAUCAAGUUCUUUAUCUAUCCGAGGCUAAGCUCCAGCACGUGGGGCAAUUUAUCGCCAUCGUUCUUCAAUCCAUGGCGCACGUAGCAUCAGGAAACAAUGCCCAGAGCUUCAUGCAGGCUCUUCAUGAUGGAAUCUCAGCUCUAAGUCUUCAACUAUUCAGCCUGUCUUUCAAAGAGAGCACAGCAGAAGGUGCACUAAGCAAAGAAUUUAUCGACAUCAGAGUUCCCAAAGGAGUACCUUUCACUGAUCUAUUAGACGCAAGAGCGGAGAAAUACAAGCAUCCCAUGUUAGAGCAGUUCUUUGCAAAUCUCUCAUUAAGUACAACUGAGGAAACUCAGACAGUUUUACCAACAAAUGAGACUCCAAUGGAGGCGACCUGUGUGGAAGAGGAGAUAGAUCGCAUGAACGAAGCCUUCCUGGAGAUCACCAGGCAGCUGCAGAGCAGAGGUCACGUGAGCAAGACAGAAAAGGAGGAAGAAGACCAGUCUGUGAAGUCAGCUCUGCCAAGCUUGAGCCGUAAUGAAACACUCCUGCUGGAUUUGAAGAGACGCUACAUAUCUCAGCGCCUCGAUGAGCUCCAAAUCACAUUGGAGCGCAUCGGGCGGCAGCGACCAGGCAGCGUGUCCAGCGCCGGGACGCACGAGUGCAGCGGCACGACUCAGCGGGCGCCUCUGGAAAGCUACGCUGGCACGGAACAUUUGUGAUCCCUCCUGCGGUAUUCCAGCUGGUCGCGCUCGAGGCCAGAAACCGGCGGAGACAGAGGUCUUGAUAAGAGUGACCUUGAUAGUCACGUAUCAGCACAAUAGAGUUGAAGCUUUGAUAUGCUACUGGGCUCACAGAUACCACAGAGUCCAAACGUGCUGCAUCAUUCAGAUCACUGUUUAGAAUAUAACUAAGGCGUGUGAUGAUCUUGUGAGACCAAAUUUUUAUGCAGCUGCUUAAAGAAACUGGUAGUUUCGAUUUUUCCGGAAUUUAUUUUCCGCAUUUCUACGUCACCAUUUUUUUUGAAGAAGAAGAAUUUGGGAUUUGUUUUACGAACUCCCUGAGAUAUCCUUGCCCGCCCCCCAGGAAAAACUCCUAGCUUCGUAGUCUUUGUACACACUCUGAAAAGACCAAAAUAAAAAAAUAAGAAAAAUAAUCAAAUUGUUUUUCCCCUGUACUACUAUUGCAAUCAAAUAAAGAUCUUUUAAGGUCUUCUUUGCAAGACUUAGGUAAAAAAAAAAGAAGCAGAAAACUCAUUUCUAAAGAAACACUAAAGUAAUUUUAAAUGGCAAUUUUCUAGCUUUUAAGAAACCCGCACAAAAAAAUGAGGCAGUCAGUAACAAUUGUUUUAAUAACCCAAUUUUGGGGUUUUCCAAUUUCCAAAACUAACACUUGCAUCAGAUUGAAUCCCCUGAUUAGUCUGCAGCUGAAUGGGAGUGAUCACAAGUUGCACCGACAUAAAUCGUGAAAGACGUCAACCGUGAAACAAAGAAGAUUCUCAAACUUCAGAAAGAAGGUCAAUCAUCACACAACACUGCAAAAAAUGUUAGUUGCUCAUAGUCAGCUGUGUCUAAAAUCUGGUCCAAGUUAAAGGUUGUUUUUUUUACAGUGUACAUUUAUUAAGUAUAUUAUAUAGUUGUUGUUUUAUGUGUAUUUGUAUUUUACUAACAUUUUUCCAGGUGAUUGUUGGCGAUUUUAUUUAUUUAUUUAUU